AUGUGUGUAGAUACAAGUGAUGGUACAGAGAGAUGCUUCCAUCCAUUUAAAAUAGGCAAUGACCUGAACAAAUCAUGUCCAAGGACACCAAGUCAAGUAAAACCCUACUGUAAAACUGGCACCAUUAUAUAUUGUGUUGGCCAAAAAGUUUGUUUGGGUUUUUCCACAAGCUGUUAUGGGAUGAACUUUUUGGCCAACACAAUAAUUUGUAUAUCUCUAAGUGGAGAAAACAUGAGUUUGAUCCCUGGGUUGGGAAGAUCCCCAGAGAAUGAAAUGGCAACUCACUCCAAUAUUCUUGCCUGA